AUGACCAACAAAACCAUCAAGGUUCAGAACAGAACUGGGUCUAAUCAGUCGUACGCUUUGUUCAAUGAGGCCCCCCGUGUUGAGGGCCAUGUUCAGGGCAAAGUCUGGUCCAAUAUCUUUAGAACUCUACGUGCACCCAAUGGAGCCACGGCAUCCUUUUCAGUCUCUAGUCAAUACUUUGCAUUCACCGGAACCUCUGAAGGGCGCCCCGAUGAUGGUGUAGGUGUUGACGUGAGCAGUGAGAAGCCUAUCACGCUCGGGUCUGUAAGGCCAGACGGCGCACAUGUCCCAGGCAGCACUGUUCAACUUUCCGGUGAAGACAAUGCACUCCGUUUCGGCAACGAUUCUUCACCAGACAGUGGAUUCGCCGGCGCCUUUUCAAUCCGCUCCAACAGUGAUUUCACUUCUAAUGACGCUAACAGAGGCAACUAUAUCGUCGGACUUGGGGGUAGUAGGAAUGGGCAGGGUUUCGACGGACCUUUGGCUUCUUUCGUCCCGGAACCUGCAGUACAGUACCAGAUCCUGCCCAGCAGUACCUGGUACCUGACUUUCGGCGACUACAGGGAGGGCUCACUCAUUAGUAAGGAUAGGGUCCAGGCUGUUGUUGCUAUUGAUUUUAACAACCUUCCUCCCAACGUGACCGUUGUUCACGACGAGGCCGGAAACUUGGAAUUACAGAGGAACUGA